AGUUCAAAAGCGUCGUGCGAGUUAAAUAUGAGAUAAAACCCGCCACGGUGUGUCUGCGAACGUAUUUAAGGGCUCGGCAGUCUUUGAGCAGGACUAGUCUCUUCAAUUCUUCACUGGAAGCAAAAGCAGACAAAAGCGGUCAUCCCGUCUCAGAUUUGAGAUGUCUGCGUUUUGCAGCGCAGGGAGGAAAUGGAAGGGAAAGUACUUCCGAGGGAUGCUGAUGAGUCUCCUUCAAUUUACCGCUAGAAGGUUGGUUUCCCAAGCGUACUGUGGACUUAAGGCUUCUUCUUCAAAGAAACAGAAGUUUUGCUUGGAAAUGGCUCGUCCUAGUUCAAAUAUGGCUGAUUUUCGAGAAGUGUUUGCCAAAGCGAAGCACAUAGCCAUUAUCACCGGAGCCGGUGUUAGUGCGGAGAGCGGAGUUCCUACCUUCAGAGGGGCUGGAGGUUUCUGGAGAAAGUGGCAAGCCCAGGAGCUGGCUACUCCAGAGGCUUUUGCGCGAAACCCUUCUCGUGUAUGGGAAUUUUACCAUUACCGCCGGGAAGUGAUGUUGAGUAAACAUCCAAAUCCUGCGCAUAUUGCCAUUGCAGAGUGCGAAAGGCGACUGAGCAAGCAAGGAAGGAGCGUUGUGGUCAUUACUCAGAAUAUUGAUGAACUACACAGAAAGGCAGGCACAAAGCACCUCUUAGAAAUUCACGGUAGUUUAUUUAAAACUCGAUGCACCAACUGUGGAAACGUAGCUGCGAAUUACAAGAGUCCAAUAUGCCCUGCAUUGGCUGGGAAAGGGGCUCCAGAACCUGAAACAGAAGAUGCCACGAUUCCAGUUGAAGACCUUCCUCAGUGUGAGGAGGAUGGCUGCAACGGGCUCCUCCGUCCCCACGUUGUGUGGUUUGGUGAAACCCUGGAUCCUGAUGUUCUCACAGAGGUUGAGAAGGAGCUUGAUAUUUGCGACCUCUGCUUGGUAGUCGGGACCUCCUCCGUGGUGUAUCCAGCCGCUAUGUUUGCCCCUCAGGUAUCUGCCAGAGGAGUGCCAGUUGCAGAAUUUAACAUGGAAGCUACUCCUGCUACAAACAGAUUCAGGUUUCACUUCGCGGGCCCCUGCGGGACCACUCUGCCGCCGGCGCUGGCCCGCCACCAGACGGAGAUCAUCUCCUGAGCACCUCGGAGCGGCCGGCGGGGAAGCGCCGCAGCCGGGCCUGGCGCCCGGCGGGACCCAGCGCGGCGGGGGCA